AUGGAUAGCUAGAGUAAACAAAUUAGCAGUAAAAAGAGGGAUUAUAAUGCCUAUAUGAAGGGAAAUUAGAUUGAUGAAGGUGAAAAGAUAUACGAAGAAAUUAACUAAUAAUAUAAACAACUGCACCUUGAGAGGCAGUAACAAAGAUUACUGCAAUAGGCUUAAAAUGCUUAGGCAAGUAAUUUUUAAAAAGAAAAUAAUGAAAAAGAAGUAAAAAUCAAUGAUUCUUAGUUAAAGUCAUCUUAAAACAUUGUAAAUAGCUCUGUAAAUCCCAUUCCUUAAGUCAAUAAUAAUUAUCAAAAAGAAUAGAAUAAAGUUUCUUAAAUGUAGAAUAUUCAUACAAAAUUUGAAUUCAAGUAGUAAAAAAGCCAAUUUUUCAUAAACAAGCUGAAGUAAUACCCAAAAGAAGAGUAAACUCCCUAUAUGUUAGGAUUUUCAGAUAUGUUUUGUAAGAACCCUUUUUUUGAAUAUUUCAAUGAAUAGCCAGAGAGAUAAGAUGUUUAGUCUAUAUUUAUGACAACUUAUGGAUAUGAAACUGAGCUUUUAAUGCCUAUUUUAAAAUCUAACAAGCAUUUUGUUUUAGCAAAUGAUAAGCCGAUGCAUGAUAAAAGUAUUAAAGAUGUUAUAAAAGAGAAUGACGGAUUUAAAAAUUGGACACUAAUACAUCCUCCAAAGGAUGUUUCAUCUUCAUGGGGAGGUGCAUUUCACCCAAAAUUAUGGCUCAUAAAAUUUAGUAGCUUUUUGAGAGUAGUUAUUGGCAGUGGUAAUCUCCAUGUAAGCGACUGGUCUGUAUGGAGUAAUUGCUUGUGGUAUUAAGAUUUUCCAUUAAAUGCUAAUAAAAAAGAAAAAACCUAAUAAAAGCCUUCAUCUCCAAAAUGGGAUUUUGAAGGAGAUUUCAAAAUUACACUCACUGAAUUAGUUAAAAAAAUGAUGCCAUCUGGAAUAAAUUAUUAAGACUUACUUAAAAUAAAUUUAGAUGAUUAUGAUUAUUCAGAAGUAAAAAUUAUUUUGAUAAGUAGUAUAGUCGGAAGACACACAGAUAUAUAUAAAUAUGGAAGAGGAAAAAUGUAUAAAAUAAUAUAGGCCUUUACUUAAAAUGAAAAAAAUAUUACUAAUUAACCAAAUAAUAAUUUAACACAAAAUUAAAAAAUAAUUACCUAUCAAUGUACAAGCUUAGGGAAUAUAGAUAAUACAUUUUUAAACGAGUUCUAUACAUGUGCUACAGCUAACAAGCCAAUCACUGAGUUGAAAAAAGAUAAAGCUAACAAAAAACAAGAUCCAAAUUUAAUAGAAUAAAAAUUUAGAUUGAUUUUUCCAACAGCUGAAUAUAUUUAUGAGGAUACAAUUUAUGGUCCUGAAUAUGCUUCUCCUGUUAUACUAAAUCAAAAAUAUUAUGAAAAAGAAAGCUUCCCAAAAUCUAUUUUUCAUCAGUUUUGUUCUCCUGACAAUUAUUUUUAUCACACAGGAGCAAUACCUCAUUUAAAAACAAUGGUUGUUACUGAUAAUGAUCUACAAAUCAAGGAUGACUCUAUUGUGUAUAUCGGAAGUCACAAUUUUACUGCAGCUGCUUGGGGAAGAUUUGAAAAAGACUACUCAUAAAUUUAUAAUAGCAAUACCGAAUUAGGUAUUAUCUAUCCACCUAUGGAAGAUUCUGCUUGUAUAAAAUAAGAGAUAAUAAAUUCUUUUAGCUUUAAAUUAGAUGCCCCUAAAUACACCUAAAACAUGAAACCGUUUGUUAGAAAUUUUGAAGAUUGA